AUGGGCAACUCGGGCAGUUCCCUGUCCGAGUUAAAUCUUUUUUCGAAGGGUGGCGUUUUCACGAGAGAGCAACUGGAUGAAUAUCAGGACUGCACGUUUUUCACUCGAAAAGACAUCAUCCGAUUGUACAAGCGCUUCUAUCAAUUGAAUCCACAAAAGGUACCAACGAAUAUGCAAGGAAAUCGGCCACAAAUUGUCACACUUUGCUUCGAAGAGGUGGAGAGGAUGCCCGAAUUGAGGGAAAAUCCAUUCCGACGUCGAAUCUGUGAAGUAUUCAGCGAGGACGGUCGGGGGAAUUUGACUUUUGACGAUUUUCUCGACAUGUUCUCCGUUUUCUCCGAGAUGGCUCCAUUGCAAUUGAAGUUGAAAUACGCUUUUCGGAUAUACGAUUUCGAUGCAGACGAAUACUUGGGACAUGACGAUUUGUCAAAGAUGAUUCGGUCAUUGACAAGGGAUGAGCUAAGCGAUGAAGAAGUCGAGUUCAUCAUUGAAAGAAUAAUCGAGGAAGCCGAUUUGGAUGGUGAUGAGCGAAUCUCGUACGCUGAAUUUGAGCACGUUGUUUCUCGAUCCCCAGAUUUCAUUCGCACUUUCCACAUUCGAAUU